GGUUUGAGUCUUUUUCGUGCUCGUCGUGCAGCAGCAGCAGCAGAUUUGCGUCGUCUCGCUUGCAUCCACGCCGCUGCAGCAGCCAUGAAGACCAUCUUGGCCUCGGAAACCAUGGACCUCCCUGAGGGGGUCAAGGUUGAAAUCAAGGCCAAGCAGGUGCGCGUCUCGGGCCCCCGCGGUGUGCUCACCCGCAACUUCAAGCACUUGAACCUGGAUUUCCAGCUUCAAGAGGGCGGCCGCAAGUUGAAGGUCGAUGCGUGGUUCGGUAACCGCAAGACCAUGGCCGCCAUCCGCACUGCCAUGAGCCAUGUGAACAAUCUGAUCACUGGCGUGACUAAGGGUUACCGGUACAAGAUGAGGUUUGUGUACGCCCAUUUUCCCAUCAAUGCCAGCCUCGGUGGAGCCAAGGAAAGCAUCGAGAUUAGGAAUUUCUUGGGAGAGAAGAAGGUGCGUAGGGUUGAGAUGUUGAAUGGAGUGACUAUCUCGCGGUCCGAGAAGGUGAAGGACGAGCUUGUGCUGGAAGGCAACGACAUCGAGCUGGUGUCUAGGUCAUGUGCUUUGAUCAAUCAGAAAUGCCACGUCAAGAAGAAAGAUAUCAGGAAGUUUUUAGAUGGUAUCUAUGUUAGCGAGAAGGGCACCAUCGACGUGGAGUAACUGGAAAAUUUUGAUUACUUUGUUGACAUUUUGAUAAAUCAAGACUCUCAUACAGUAUUUUAAUAGUGAAAGUCAGUUUUUAACACGGAUU